AUGGACAUUUUGAACAUGCCACAGAACCAUCCAGAUCCACAUGGACAUUUCAACAUGCCACAGAACCAUCCAGAUCCACAUGGACAUUUCAACAUGCCACAGAACCAUCCAGAUCCACAUGGACAUUUCAACAUGCAAUGGGACCAUCCAGAUCCACAUGGACAUUUCAACAUGCCAUGGAACCAUCCAGAUCCACAUGGACAUUUCAACAUGCAAUGGGACCAUCCAGAUCCACAUGGACAUUUCAACAUGCAAUGGGACCAUCCAGAUCCACAUGGACAUUUCAACAUGCCAUGGGACCAUCCAGAUCCACAUGGACAUUUCAACAUGCCAUGGGACCAUCCAGAUCCACAUGGACAUUUCAACAUGCAAUGGGACCAUCCAGAUCCACAUGGACAUUUCAACAUGCAAUGGGACCAUCCAGAUCCACAUGGACAUUUUGAACAUGCCAUGGGACCAUCGCGAUCCACAUGGACAUUUCAACAUGCAAUGGGACCAUCCAGAUCCACAUGGACAUUUUGA